GCGCGCAACGCGGCGGGCGGCGGCCACGUCCCCAGGAGCGCAGCAGCGCCGCGCAGAACUUGUGAUCAUGGCUGAGUCUGGAAGGCAGAAACGAAUCUUGGUGACCGGGGGUUCAGGACUGGUGGGAAGGGCCAUUCAGAAGGUGAUUGCGGACGGGGAAUGCCGGGCAGACGAGUCGUGGAUUUUUGUGUCCUCCAAAGAUGCUGACUUAACGAACGCUGCAGAGACCACAGCCCUCUUUGAGAAACACAAACCCACCCACGUUAUCCACCUGGCGGCCAUAGUUGGGGGGCUCUUCAUGAACCUCAACCACAACCUGGAAUUCUGGCGGAAGAAUAUCCACAUCAACGACAACGUCUUGCAAGUGGCGUACGAGUCAGGCGUCCAGAAAGUAGUUUCCUGUUUGUCCACCUGCAUAUUUCCUGACAAGACCAGCUACCCGAUUGACGAGACCAUGAUUCACAAUGGCCCUCCCCACAGCUCCAACUUCGGGUAUGCUUACGCCAAAAGGAUGAUCGAUGUGCAGAACAGGGGGUACUUCGAACAGCAUGGCUGCCACUUCACCGCCGCCAUUCCCACGAACAUCUUUGGGCCCCACGACAACUUCAGCAUCGAGAAUGGGCACGUCCUGCCAGGCCUGGUCCACAAGGUGUACUUGGCCAAGAAAAAUGGCACAAAUGUCACAGUCUGGGGGACAGGCAAGCCUCGGAGGCAGUUCAUUUACUCUCUGGACCUGGCUCGGCUGUUCAUUUGGGUCUUAAGGGAGUACAACGAAAUAGAACCCAUCAUCUUAUCAGUGGGAGAAGAAGAAGAGGUGUCUAUACGGGAAGCAGCUGAAUGCAUUGCAAAUGCUAUGGAUUUCAAGGGACAACUUCUAUUUGAUGAAUCCAAGUCAGAUGGUCAGUUCAAGAAAACAGCCAGCAACGCCAAGCUGAGGAGGUACCUGCCCGACUUCCAGUUCACACCUUUUGAUCAAGCUGUGAAGGAAAUGUGCGACUGGUUCUGCACCAACUACGACAUCGCCAGGAAAUGACCCGAGGGCACCCUGUGGCUGGGGCCUGGCAGGGGUGGGUGCACCCUUGUCUCCGACUCAGGUAGCUUUUUGCUGGAGGAAACGUGGAAGAUAAAAGAACUCCUGGGAGUACAAAGACCAGCCUAUUUUUUUUUUUUUUUAAUAAAGCAAAUGCUCUGCAUCCUUUCUGCAA